AUGAAACGGCCAACACUGACCACAAGAUGCCUUGCAAAUUUUCUGGAGCACAAUAUAGCAGCAAUAUCAACUACCACUGCCUUGACUUCAACAGAAGUGGUCGAAAAAAUCUUUGUAUGUUCGAAAGUCAUGAAUAAUAUCGGUUUAGCUGCUCAACAACAAGUCUUUGAGUCUCCUCCAUGCUGAAAGUGACUCGUUGUUCUUGAUCCUUCAACGGACUGGGACUGGAAUUAAGCUGCGAAAUAAAUGGACCGUCUAUAUUGCCUAUCAUAAACUUCAGAGGUUCCUCUUGAUUUCACAGUGUCCAAAAGUGGCUAUUCAGUUCGACACCGAUGGGUUAGGACAUAUUGUGUUUCGAAAAUCGACUGUCAUGCUAGCAAGAGCUUUGAAAGGUAAAAUUUUAUUGAUCUCUUGAUUUUUAGGUGGAAUGUGUCAAGUGUAACAUAAUUUAAUGGAAUUUCUGCAAUGCACGGUGAAAUAGUCUAAUUUUUAGAUAAUUCAUUUAUCACUCGGCUCGAUCUGAACCUUCUACCAACUUCAAUCCGGACAGGAAAGGAGAGAUGUCUGGUAAAACAAGUUCUGUCCGAAAUUAUACAUAAGACUCGGGAAAUCCGAGGAUUUUCAAUGGAAUUCUUGCCGUUUUUAGACUUCCUAAGUCGGGAAGGACUUGUAAACCUUGAAUACUUGGAUGUGAGACUUAGCUAUUGCUGGAAAUGUAAGUUUUUUGAUUUCUUGUCUAAUUUUAGGUACCUCCCAUGUAUAAGAUAAUUAUGGCCUUUUAUCGCUGAUUUUUUCAGAUCUCCCUCCAUUGCUGACUAUACCAAUCAACCACCUUCGAAUUCAAGGGGACUUUAUCAAGUAUCUGGCGUAUAGUGAAGGGUGAGAGAGGGUUUAUAUUAUUCAUGGGGAAUGUAAACAAAACUUUUAUAACUCUAAUAUUCUGCAGUCACCAGUUGAAUCCACACCUGGAGAAGGUCGAAAUUGACAGUACACUGGAAUAUAUUGGAAUGCCCGACUUCAUAAAUGAAUUCAAAAGAGCUAUGACCAGUUUCGCCAAGGAAAUUUCGAGUCGGGAGAGAGUUUUCAUCAUAAGAGGGCCGAAUUUCUACGAAUAUGGGCCGGUAGGUUUAUUUUGAUAUUGGAAUCUUUCUGAUUCUUCUUUCUUCUGACUUUUAGGUGGAUACUUGGUCUUUUUUACGCAGAAAACCCCAACAAAUGCCAUGUAUAAGCUCUGAAAAUCUACAAUAUUGGCAUAAGGUCUAAAAAUCCAUAAUAUUGGCUAACAUUCUAGAUGACAGACCUGUUAGACACUGUCCAAAUCAAUUUAUACCGAGCCAACUCGCUGCUUGAGAUCGCCACGGCCAUCGAUGUGAAAAUAGACUCCAUUCUAAUAAUUGGAGCUGCUUCUGUCCAAGAUGUAAGGGAAUUUCAAAAUUUUUGUGCUCUAUUCCUACUACAGAUAAUUACCCUCAAAUUUCAGAUCAUAAUAAGUUCGUGGAAGAAGAUCGUCAAGGAUUAUAUUAGCUUCAACUUCCUCAAGGUGGAGAUGGAGUCCAAAAGUGAAAAAGAAGCGUAUUUUACAUUGAUAUCUCAUACCGGUACCAAAAUCGAGUUUAGAAUUAAUUGUACAGAAAUUGUCGAGCAAGAGGAUUGA